AUGUCUGAAAAUAACCCUGUUGUAAACAAGACCACUCACCAUCCAGGGUUUAACAAUGAUUACACCUGGGGCUAUGAAUACUAUGAUUAUGGACCUGUUUCGUUUGAAGGACUGAAGGCACACAGAUACUCCAUUGUGAUUGGAUUUUGGGUUGGUCUGGUAGUCUUUGUCAUUUUCAUGUUUUUCGUGUUGACUUUACUGACAAAGACGGGAGCACCUCAUCAAGAAAACGUGGAUCUUCCUGCUAAGCAACAUAGGAUGAAUGGCUUUUCUGUGGGUUAUCCCAUGCUACAGAAACCAGACAAAGCUUUCGUCCAUCGAGUGAGCGAAGAAUCUCGGUCCCUCUUUCAUUGCUAUGUAAAUGAGGUUGGACACUUUGAGAGGCAACAAUCAGGAAGCAGGAUAUCUGGACCAAAGAAUGAAGACUUGGUCACACAUGAAAAAGAAGGGGAAAGUGACAUCCUUGUGGAGCCAUGGAACUGUCUGGCCAAAUUUGAUAUCCCGAACUUUGUAAACUCAGAUCAAAGCUCCUCACUGGCUGAAGAUGAUCUGCUGAUGUGCGACCAGCCAAUUGUUCUUGAAAAUAAACCCAUUAGUGCCCACAACAUCCAUCAGAAUUCUGACUAA